AUGCCUCCUCGGUGCACUUCAGGCUCAGGCCUAUUCCUCCCCUUCCUGUAUCCGAGCCUCUUUCGCCAGUCCACGACUACCCGACUAUCGCGCCUCGGUUACACCACCAUUCACUCCCAUUCUCCGACCUCGCCCUCGCCCUCAGACGCAGACGAUCUUAGCGAGGCCACUUCGCCGUCGGGAUCCAGCGCGGAUCUGCCGCACUCGCGUCUCAAUCCCGCUCCCGACGACUAUGCGCUCUCGUCCUUUGCCGACAAGGCCAAGCUCACCAUCCAGGCCGGUGGAGGUGGCCAUGGCUGCAUCUCUUUCCUUCGCGAAGCCUUCCUAGACAACGGUCCCGCCAACGGUGGCGACGGCGGUCAUGGAGGCAAUGUGUACAUCCAAGCCGUCCACAGCGAGACGUCUUUGCACAAGGUGGUGCGCCGGCGCAUCGUUCGCGCCUCGCGGGGAAAGACUGGCCAGGGCAGCAGCAGAGCAGGACAGAGGGGAGAUGACUACGUGAUACAGGUCCCCGUCGGGACGGUCGUGCGGGAAAUCAGCAGGAUUGAUCCCGUGGUCGAGGAGAGUAUUGCCUGGAGAGCUGCGCGAGAGCAGGAGCGAGCGUUUGAGCGCAAAUUCCGCGAGGCCCAGCUGGCCGCGGAGGCUGACGGCGAAGACCCGGAGCUGGCCACGGCACAGUUGGAGCCGCCUGACCACCCCAAUCUGGACAAGUUCAUGCUGUACCCGGGAAUAUCGACUUCAGAACGGCGGAGCUUGGAGCUCCCUCGCCUCCCCAGAAGAGAGAGGCUCUACCACCAGCCGCCCGGCCCCAUCCAUCUCGACCUUUCGACCGCGACGCCUCGUCCGAUUCUCCUUGCCGCUGGUGGAGUAGGUGGGCUGGGGAAUCCGCACUUUGUGUCAAAAGAACGCCCGCGGCCGCUUUUCGCUACCAAGGGCGAAAGGGCCGUGUCGAUGCAGAUCGAACUGGAGCUCAAGCUGUUGGCAGAUGUCGGCUUCGUAGGACUUCCCAACGCAGGCAAAUCGACCCUUCUACGUGCUCUCACCAACUCUCGGGCGCGAGUGGGUAACUGGGCCUUUACCACCCUGCAGCCCAAUAUCGGCACCGUGGUGCUCGACAGCAACAAGGGCCGGCGUCAGUACGAUUUGCCUCGGCCCCGGGCCAAGGGCUCGCAUGCUGUCAUCAAUGACGCACGCUAUGGCAACGUGGUCAUUAACCAGCCGGGCCUCAUUGGGCCCGGUCCGCCGCCGAGGACCAGGUUCACCGUGGCAGACAUUCCGGGACUGAUUGAGGGUGCCCACCUGGACAGGGGCCUAGGAAUGGAGUUUUUGCGGCAUGUGGAACGGGCGGGCGUCUUAGCCUUUGUCGUUGAUCUCGCCAAAGCUGAUGCCGUGACGGCUCUCAAGGCCCUUUGGAGGGAAGUGGGUCUCUAUGCGCGUAUGCGCGAGGAAGAGCGCCGGGAUCGGGAAGCUGGCGAUCGUAUUGACUGGGCAGGCGAUGCCGGAGUAAACCAAUCGCCGCGAAACGACAGUUAUUUUGGCGGAGGUGGCGGCGGCAAGCAGCUCAUGAUGGCCGACUACCCUGAUCUCCCCGAGGUGGACGAGGGCGGCCUGCACAUUGCCGCCAAGCCGUGGUUCGUCAUUGCCACCAAGGGCGAUCUCCCUGAUACGCAAGAGAAUUACCAGAGACUCAAGCAGUACCUGGACGCCGUGACAGAUGGACAAGAGCCGCACCCUAGCGGUGUCGAGGGCGCCUGGACCGUCGACUGCGCGGCCAUACCCGUAAGUGCCAUUAAUGGCCACGGUGUCGAUCGAAUCGUUCACUGGACUCUGGGACUCUUGGAUGACUGA